AGGAUGGCAUACAGGCGUCAUCCCACUCUCGAGUCAGACCAGACGCUUCAACUUUUUAUAUCAAUCGCGAGUGAACUGCUACAGCAAGGAAGUAUUCUCAGCUGAGCUGAGAUAUCCACACCGGAGACAAAAGAGUCGAACGCUUUUCCCCUCCUUCAAGCAACGUAUAUUUUGUAGGGGAUCUGUUUUUACAAGGCGGAACCACUAUUCUUUCGAUGUUGACAUCGUAGUUUUCUGAUUGAAAAGGCAUUGGGCUCUAAACUUUUGCGUUUUACGCGUAUGUAAGAAGUUCAAAAGCGGAUAUUCAGAUAUUUUACCGUUAUUAACAACUGUUAUGUCGCGCUACUGAAGGGGUUUAGGACAUGUCCUAUUCGUCCAGACAACAAAAUCAGUCCAAUGGCUCGACCAUCCUAAUUGAGAGAGGGAAAUACGGAGAAUUGAAUCCCGGUGGCGGAGCAGCCUCCGGUGCCGAACCGACUGACAACCCCCAGUUCAGCGAAGGGGAGCAGCAGUCACGGGGAGGAAUAAUGAUGCCGAAUAGUCUGCUUGGUUACCAGUCGAGGUCGCCGUUGUUCAGAACACUGUCCAGGUCAUCCAGUGGAUAUUUUUCGUUCGACAGCGAUUCUAUUCCAAGCUCCCCGCUAUUGAAAGAUAAGUCGACACAGACUCCGAGCCCAUCUAGCCAAGUCAUGACUCACGCACUGCAGCGCAUGUCUCAAGCACAGGAGACCAAUCGAGAUUAUGACGCGUGGCCCAACCCCCUCCACCCCUAUAGACCACGGCCACCGCCAACUGCAGGGGACAUGUGGCCAGAGACACUGAUCGGUCAGGAGCUUCAGCGCAUUGGAGAUGAGUUUAACGACCUCUUCAUACAUGGGCGCCUUGCUGGCAGAAACGGUCAAGUUGCCCAGGCAAACCUGCAGCAGAUGCACCAAGAGCCCGCCUUCCUUCUGUGGAUGGGGCUCCUGAUUGGACGACUAUUACAGAUCAUCCUGCAGAGAAGAUGAUGGGUAGACAGAAGCCUCAAUCCCAAUCCUGCAGCACCCAGCAGACACGUACUGUGGCACCUGGGAGAAUUCUGUCAAAAGACCCUGUACAUAUGUGAUUAUAUAAAAUGCUACAUUUUCAGAAUGGAUCCUCCUGCAUAUGUGGACCUAUACAAAUUUGUCUUGAUUGUUUUUAACUUUGAAUGGUUCAAGAUUCCCUGAUCCAGGAUAAGUUGGAAUAGGGAAUUUGUACAGCUUUGGAGAAUACUUUCUUUGGGAAUUCUACAACAACUGGAAUUUUGCACCUACUGUAUGUUUCCUGGUCAGAUUUGGAAAGCUGAGCCUAAUCAAACCACCAAAGAUGGAGUGUCCUGCUGCAGAGCACUCACAGGGAUAAUGCCAUGUGGGUAAUGCUUUGUGGAGAUUACAUGUGCCUUGUACAGUUUCUCGCUUUUUUACUAAGCUGUUUUCUUUUUCUUGCAGCUAUUUAUUGUUCACCUAUGUAUUUAAUUUGUUUGUGAGUUUACCCAUGGUCAGAUGUGUCGAGUCUCCGCUGUGUCUGUUCCUCCUGGUUCUCAUGGCUUCUCACUGUUUCCUUUCCUCAUCCAAACAUCAUCAGCAAUUCUAUUUUGAUGCAGCCAGUUCCAUGGCCGGUUCCAUUGACCCCAGACAUUUAAAUCUUAAUAUUAAAUUAUUUGUAAGCACCAUUUUUUAAAUGUAUUUUCUAAAAAUAAAUUAAAUUAAAGUACAUGAAUUAGGGCAAAUAAUGUAAGUUCUUGAAACACCUUAUUUUACUGUUGUCUCACUUGUUUAACCCUGCCCCUUUUCAGAUGUCAAACAUAAUUGCUGUUAUCAUUUAGCAUUUACCUCGGACGGGCUGUUGUCAGGGCUUUCUUAGCCCAGCUGACACUCAUGUUGGCCCGGCCAGGUCCUGUGCAGCGCUGCCAGGUCAUUAAAUGCUCAUAGAAGCUUUGCUGGAAGAGAACCAAACUCUGAGCACCAGGGGAGCAGGGCUUUGUCAAUGGAGAGCCAUGAGCUAACAUUAGCCAGAGGAACAGGCAGAGAGAGCCAAUGGGUUCAAUACAGGUUUAAUGGAUGGGAUGACUUGCAGUGCUUGAGAAGUUAGAUCGAUAGACAGGGAUAAAAACCACCCAACAACCUUGAAGGAUCUAUAUUCAAAUUCUUGAAAAAUUGUUGUAUUUCUAGUCUGUGGUAGUAUGAAUGUUUUUUUAAGGCCCAGUGUAGUCAAAAUCCUGUUUUUCCUGUGUUUUGAUGAAACUAUCACUUUAAAAGAUGGAAGGAAUUUGAGGCAGUAUAAGUUAAUAUAUACCAAUAACAAAGAGUUCCAAACCUCUUUGCCAAUAACAGUUAGUUUUCAGAUUACAUACUCAGACCACUCCGCCAGUCCUAACAAAAUUAUUGCCAGAGAAAUAGUUUUUUGCUAAAGAGCUAUUUUUGUUUAUUCUUUACAGUUUUAAUGGAAAACUAUUACAGUAAGGCACUUGCUUAAUUGUUACCCAGAAAUGAUUUGAUAUUGAGAUAAAAACAGAUGCAUUGGGCCUUUAAGGAUAAACAAAAAUUGAAGUAGGGUUACUUUGAAUGUUACAUGCUACCACAUUGUGCACCAUGGGUUGGUUUGAAAUGGAUGUGUCCUCUUGUGUGAGCCAAAGAUUGAUUACACUGUAAUUUUGCUGGUUAGAUCUUAUUGUAUAGUACAGUAUAGGCGUGGUUCCGUCCAACUGCCUUGGCCACCCUUUUGGUUCCAUUGCCUCAUAUUUGUCAGUCUGCCAGUAUUUGAUUUGAAAAUUAAUUUCACACCCACAGUUCAAUAAAUGUUAUCCAUGGAAUUAAAUGUUAACGGUAUAAAAUGUGCUGAUAAAAGCCUAUCUUUAAAAUAACAUAGCACUUACAGCUCAUUAUAGCCUUUUAGAUUUUUUAUUCGCCAUGUAGACGAAAUGUAAGGUAUUAGUUGAUGAAUUUUUAUUGAGAAGCGUAUCAUUCCGUCAUAUUUUUCUUUGUACCAAAAUUGUAUUUUCAUUUUUGGUGUUGUCAAAUGAAACCAAAGACCUAAUUUCAAAGUUGUGUAUCUCAGAAGGGUAUAGUCGAGUCUAGAGGCUUUCCAAGAGAACAACUGAAAGCUGAAUUUUCACCUUCUGAAACUGAUAUGGAAACUUCUCAGACAGUCAGCCAUUGGUUCCAUGUACUCUAGAUAUCAAUCCAUUGAGUGACAGCAUAGUCCAUACUGUCCAUACUUCUUAAUGGGUAGAGACCAGACCAUAGAUAGAAAUAGCAUUUUUCAAAGACACAUACAAUAACUUAAUUUUGAUCCGCAACAUUCCCAAGUUGUCCUUAGCAAGAGCCACAAAUUCUUUACCAGUGUCAUCUUGGUGUAGGAAGUGCAGGUGUGUCCCUCUUGCACUAUGAUUACUGUCCCAGAAUUCUGUCUGUUCAGGACCCUUUUGCACUGAGCGCAGACAGACAUAAACUGAUUUAUCUGACUCACAGGACCCAGUACAUUUGUAGCAAAAUGUCAUUUUUUUUCAGUUCUUUUUUUUUUGCACUGAAAUGUUUUAAGGUUGUGAUUUAAAUUGUGCAUAAUGCUGUGCCUGUAUAAAGCCUUUUUUCAUCUUUUUAAAAAUGUGUUUCUUCUUUCAUUGUUGAUUAAACCACAUUCUUUUUAAUGAUAAGUUAGUAAGCCCCUGUCAUUGUUCUAUAACUAGAACCACUCAUAUUGCAGUCAUAAUGGAAUUAAUCACAGGCAGUUCAUAGAAAGUUUGACCAAAGAAAAAUGUGCGGCGAAAUAUCUUUAGUGCAAACUCUCAUUAACACAUGUCUACAUUUUUGUAAGUGUCAUACAUUCUCAAAAAAUUACUAUUUGGGUUCAAGUGAAAAUAGAAAAGACUUCAUUUGUGUAUCUGUGUAAAAAGAGGACUUUCUUCCUCUGUGUGGCGGCCACGCUUAUCUCUGAUCAUCUGCAGGACAUGGAAAGUACGGUACCUUCCCUAGCUUGGCACAAACAGCCUGAGAUAAUUAUACAUCCCAUAUUCAGCCAGUCAGUGGCUGCUACACUAAGCUCCAUGUGACUGUGCACAGUCCAUGGUGAAUUCCAGUAUCCAUAUAGAGAAAACCUUUUAUCCACUUAGUGGCAAGGUGAACUAUUGAGAGGACAGUACGGUGGGUAGGUAUCUAUUCAGCCUGAGGUGUAAACAUUCGGUUGAAACUUGCGUAAGAAUUGUAAGAUGAGUCAAAUGAAUCAAGAACGAUCUGAACUCCUCUAUCACACACACACACUUGAGCAUGUCUGAAUUCGAGCAUCACAAUAUAUUUCAGCUAAGUAUUAUUAAAGUUCAGCUGCUUGGUGAGAGUUUACAUGAACUUGAGUUUCACAGCCUAACAGCAGACACACACAGCCAUUGUCUUUAUCCAAAACAGACUAGCUGACUAAUUGAGCUUUGUAGAGAUCCAAACUGAGCCCUGAAUCCCACACUCUUCACCACUGACUCAGUGGAAUACCCAAAGUGGUGGACUACUACCUGAAGAAUCACUAAAGACCCAACUAUAUCAGCCCUAUGAUAAAUCAAACAAGUACAUAGCACACUUAUAUACAAUACUAUUUUAUUUCUUAUUCAGUUCUUCACUUGCUGGAUUCAGUGGUAUACAUAGGACAUAGCACUGUGUAAUCUCUAGGAAUAGCAAAUUAAUUAGAAUCCAUUAUCUAUUCAGGUCAUCCCUCAACACAUUCAGUGUUUCUCUUGUGACAGUGAUACUGGCUCAAUGGCAUAUUCCCUUAAUAUCACCUCAGGCGGAAGAACUCAUAGCACAUGGGAGUUUGAUCUAAUACAGAAUGAGAAUGUCUACAGGAUUAGAAAUUCAAAUGCUAAUUCAUUGGAUUUGAGAUUACUAGAAGCCAUGCCAUUUGUAGUGUAUUGGUAUUGCACAGUGGUGCUAUUUCACAGUCAUAGGCUUUUAGAGAUGGCUGAUUUUCAAUGACAGCCUCUACAGCUUGAAAUGCACAGUGAAAAUCCAUUCUUUCUGUAUCUAAUCAGAGUCUGUUUUUACCUCUCUGCACUAAAGCCAAAAGGCAACGUGCUUAGGAUACUGUGGUCAGAGACCCCAGUCAAAUCUCUUCCUCUGUUGAGUGCUUUGAAAUACUUCAUGUGAGAUUCAUGAACUUAACUUUAGUGUCUUCCCUUUAUGCCCCCCCCUUUUGAAAAUGUAAUGAAUUUUA